GGUGCCGGCCGCGCCGGCGGAGGCGGCGGAGGGAGCGGGAGGGUCGCUCGGGGCCGGCGGGCAGCGGCUCCGGCUGCGGGUUCGGCUGCGCUCCGGACCGGACCGGGCCGGUCGGGACCGCCGCGCCAUGGGGACGCCGGGCGCCGGACGCAAGCGGCUGCCGAACCGGGAGCGCCUGACGGCGGAGGACGAUGCGCUCAACCAGAUCGCCCGCGAGGCUGAAGCCAGACUCGCGGCGAAGCGAGCGGCGCGGGCGGAGGCGCGGGAGAUCCGGAUGAAAGAGCUGGAGAGGCAGCAGAAGGAGAUCUAUCAGGUGCAGAAGAAAUAUUAUGGGCUGGAUACUAAGUGGGGAGACAUCGAGCAAUGGAUGGAAGACAGUGAGCGUUAUUCCCGUAGAGCCCGAAGAAAUGCCUCGGCUUCGGAUGAAGAUGAGCGCAUGUCAGUGGGUAGCCGUGGAAGCCUGAGGUCUCAUUUGGAUUAUGCCAGCACCUACCCAGUGGCUGGAUUAGAGAGUGAGAGGACCAAAAAGAAGAACUACUCCAAAGCAACCAAUGGUUAUGAGGAAGACGUGUAUGGAUCAUCCCAGAGUAGAAAAUCUAGCAGGGCUUCCUACUACUCUGACCUGGGUCUCCCCAACAGCAGCUAUGCUUCCACAUCUCAACUUUCUUCCCAAAAUGGAAAUUGGCCCUCCCUGCUGUACAGCGAUGCCCUGCCAGCCAGGAGUUACAGGGCCUCUGUGUACGAGGAGAGCGUUUACAGCGGGAGCCGCCGCUAUAGUGCCCCCAGCUCCCGCGCUCCUUCCGAGUACAGCUGCUACCUUGGUUCGGGAUCUCGGGCAUCCUCCAGAGCCAGCUCUGCUCGGGCCAGUCCAGUGAUUGAGGAAAGGCCAGAAAAGGACUUUGAGAAGGGAGCACGAACUGUCUCAAGUUUAUCAGCAGCUACCUUGGCUUCUCUGGGAGGGACAUCUUCACGGAGAGGCAGUGGGGACACGUCCAUCUCAGCUGACACAGAGGCAUCCAUCAGGGAAAUCAAGGACUCUCUAGCUGAAGUUGAGGAGAAAUACAAGAAGGCUAUGGUGUCAAAUGCUCAGCUGGACAAUGAGAAAACCAAUUUCAUGUACCAGGUGGACACCCUGAAGGAUGCGCUCUUAGAGUUAGAGGAACAGCUGGCAGAAUCCAGGAGGCAAUAUGAAGAGAAAAGUAAAGAAUUUGAGAGGGAGAAGCACGCUCAUAGCAUAUUGCAGUUUCAGUUCAUGGAAAUCAAAGAGGCUUUGAAGCAGAGAGAAGAAAUGCUUGCAGAAAUCCAACAGCUGCAACAGAAACAGCAGAGCUAUGUCAGGGAAAUUUCUGAUCUUCAGGAGACAAUAGAGUGGAAAGACAAAAAAAUAGGGGCACUAGAGAGGCAGAAAGAUUUCUUUGAUUCCAUAAGGAGUGAGCGGGAUGACCUUAGAGACGAAGUGGUUGUGCUGAAGGAGCAACUGAAGAAACAUGGAAUAAUCCCAGACUCUGAUGUAGCCACCAACGGGGACACAUCAGACAUUCUGGAUAACGAAGGACACUUGGAUUCUUCCCGAACUGCCCCAGGCACCACUCAGGCAUUAAAGACAGGAGGGGAGGGCAUGCUAGGCAAAGCCAAUGAAGUGGAGAUGAAAAAUGAGAUUUUGGAGGAUGUGGGGAAAAGAGAAAUCUUGCAGAAUACUGAGCAUGAGGAACACAAAGAGGAGUCUGAGGAGGAGGAAGUACAGACAUUGCAUGCUGCUGAAAAUGCAAAGGCAGAACAAAUGGUUGAAGAACGGGACGCCCUGCCAGCAGUGAUGCUACCAGAGAGUAGGUUUGCAGAGCAAGCCCAAAGCCUCACAGAACCUGUGUCAGGGAGCACUUCUUCAAACAGUGACACUGACACAGAUGGCUUGAGAAAGGUCACAGAGUCCAGGGGCACAACAGUCCAGCAGCCUGAGAGUACAGAGGCUGAACACCAUGACUUGAGUGCAAGGACAAAUGAGAACCUGGAGCUGGGCUCUCUGCAAGGCCACCCCGUUUUUGAGACUCCUCAGGAAAUGCUUUGUGACUCAGGUACAGAGCAGGAGCUGGGAGAAGCUGCACCCAGCCAGGAAGAAGAAGAGGAUGUUGAAACCAGCCAUGCCCUGAGUGAUGAUGAAAUGGAUGAAGGAUCUGACAGUACAAGUGAGAGCAGUGAGUUGGUUUCUAACCAGGCAGGGCUACCUGAGGGAGCAGUGGCAGGCUUGCUCAGGGAAGGGGGAAAUGUGGAGAGUUCCACUCCAGAGGAACCCCAGCACUCAGAAGAAAGUGCUGAAAACAAGGUUGCAGAUGUCUUGGAGGAAAAGCUUGUUGACUGCAGUGAUGGGAGAAGUGAUAAAACAGCAGGUGACAGAGCUGAGGAAGAAGCUGAGGUUGGGAACACAGUUCAGGGUCAGCCGAGGGAAACUGAGUCUGUGGGUUUGGAGGGGACAGAGCCAUGUGAAAGGGAUGUCCCAGCAGAGCCACUUGGAAAGGAAGGUGGAGAACAUCAGGCAUUCAUCCAACCAGCUUCUUCAGAGGACAGUGCUUCAGCAUCCCCAGAGGAACCAAGUACACAAGGUAAAACUGAAGAUGAAACUGCUACAGCUGAGAAGGAUGGACAGAAGGAAGAAUUGAUGGAAGAGCUGGAGAAGUGUUCAGGUUCUGCUGAAACAGGCAAGCAAGGUGUGGCAUCUGUGGAGGCAGGAGGCUGCAUUCCCGAGGGACAGGGAGGUGAGCUGAAGGAGGCACAGCCAGGAACAGAGGUUGUGACAGAGGUGACCACUCAGGAAACCCAUUUAGACCUGAGUCUUUUAGAGGAUGAAAUGAAGGAGUCAGAAUUGGAAACAGGGGAUGAGGCUGGGGAAGGACAGGAAGGUAGGACAGAACUGGUAGAAGACUUUAAUCCAAAGGCAGAGGUUCAAUCAAGUCAGUGUAGUGAAGAAAAAGCAGAUGGUACAGAGGGAGAGAAAAAUGUUCCUUCAGAGGGUGAAGUGCAGAAGGUGGUUAAACAAGCAGAAUGUGAAUCUGAGGAGGAGUCAGGUGUAGGUGUUAUUGUAGCUACUGAAAACAAAGCCAGUAAAGAAACACUGAAAGAAAAUGAGCAAGAGGUAGAGCUUGCAGACCACCCUGGUGGGGAAUUUGCUUCUGAGGAAGGUGCAAAUAAUGCCCUGGAACAGAAACCUGUGCAGGAUGAAAACAUUAGUGAACAAGUUAAAGUGGAGGAAGGUGCAAAUAAUUCCCUGGAACAGAAACCUGUGCAGGAUGAAGACAUUAGUGAACAAGUUAAAGUGGAGGAAAGUGCAAAUAAUUCCCUGGCACAGAAACCUGUGCAGGAUGACAACAUUAGUGAACAAGUGAAAUUGGAGGCAGGUGAAAAUAAUUCCCUGUCACAGAAGCCUGUGCAGGAUGAAGACAUUAGUGAACAAGUGAAAUUGGAGGCAGGUGUAAAUAAUUCCCUGGAACAGAAACCUGUGCAGGAUGAAAACAUUAGUGAACAAGUUAAAGUGGAGGAAGGUGCAAAUAAUUCCCUGUCACAGAAACCUGUGCAGAAUGACAACAUUAGUGAAGAAGUGAAAUUGGAAGUAGGUGUAAAUAAUUCCCUGGCACAGAAACCUGUGCAGGAUGACAUUAGUGAACAAGUAACACUGGAGGACCAAGCAGAGGAAAGCCUGGAAGAUGAUGGUGAUGCAUUUGAUUUUGAUGAAGAGUCAAAUCAAAUACUAGAAUGUGAUGAAAAUUGUGAUGGAGAGAAAGCUGAUGCACAGGCAGAAGAGGAUGAUGGAGGAAAUGGUGCUGUUGGAAAAACUGCCCACACAGACAAAGCUGGAGAGGGAACAGACAAAAUGGAAACCAAAGAUGCCUUGACCAAAGGUGAAGUCCUGCAGAAUAAAAAAGAUGAGCCUGAAGAAACAGGGUGCUUGCAAGGGAAAGCAUCGGGAAAAGUUGAUGAGGAGGCUGAUGUGGAGGAAGAUGAAAUCAAAGUAUCAGAUUCUAGUAAAGUGGGAAAAUUACAGGAUCGAGAUGUUUUGGAACAGGAUUUGCAAAGUGCUUUCAUUAAGAGGGCUGAAAGCAGGGAGGAUUUGCAGGCUGGUAAAAGGAGUAAGGGCAGAUCCAGAGACGACUGUACAAUCUCCUGAGUUCAGAAUCUCAAACCUGCACGAGUUCCAUGCCCUGUGACCAGUCCCAGGACACAAAGAUGCACUUUGCACAAGACAUCAGACCUUGGAAUACUCUUAGAGCUUUGUCUUUGUAGGUAACUCAGCAUAAAGUGGUAAUGAUGCAAGUAUUAAGUUAUUCACUGUUGUACCCAGCCACAAGAAAUUGUGAGUGGGUUUGGUUUUGCUGUGUCUCAGGUUGAAAGCUUAUCACCUAAUGAGGAAGCUUCACAACUUGACUAUUCAAACUAUUAUGCAAUUAAAGUACCUCUAGUGUGGAUAGCUGCUCUUGGGGAAUUUCUAUAGGAAUAUUUUUUUUUUAUUCUAGCCUAGUUGAUCAAUAUCUUGAAUGUACAUUGGGCCUUUGAUGCACAUUCUGCUUACUUGAACUUAGAUCUACAGCAAGUACAUUAACUCUUCAUGAAGGAACUCAGCAGAUCAGCCACACUGAUGGUGAAACUUCUUUCAGAAUGCUUAAAGCCUAUGAACCAAUCUCUUAUUUUUUUGAUAUGAAGAAAAAAGAUCUUUUCAUUCCACUUUGUGUGUAUUUCUUAUAUGGUCAUAUUCCAAAAUAUAGUUAGAUCACUGUGAAUCUGCUUAGUCUGAGAACUUUGGAAGAGCAAUACACAUUUUGGAGAAAGUGCAACAUGCAGGUCUUAGUUUGCUGAAAGGAAUAAAUAUAUACAUGUUUACUUCAUCUAGGCACUUUGCACCACAAUAGGCCUUUUACACCAUGUCUUACAUGGGGUUUUUAUUUUUUUCCAGAGAAAGUGUCAAUACACACUGUAACGUGUGCUUAGGUUUGCUAUCAAGUACUGUCUAGAUAUGAAUAUAUAAAAUACCUAUUUUUCCAAGAAGAUUUUUGUUUAAAAUUCCAUUUGCUUACUGCAUUAUACUUUUUUUUUUUUGCAAACUCUGAGUCUGAAAGAAUGUUUUUAUCUCUGAAACAAAUCUUAUCUCUUUCCUUCUGGAAAGAAGAUAACUUUGCGUGUCUUAACUCUUGCUGGAUAUCAGACCAAAGACGACUGUUGUUUUGUGUAUUAGCCCCCCUGUGCCUUUUGGAAAAGCUGGAUUGCUUUGAAUUGCUGGCAUAAAUUAGGCUCUUGCACUCCCUUGCUGUAUUUCCUCUUGCACCUCUGCUAGUGCUUGGGAAGGAAGAGCAUGUUUUGCAUAUAUAAAUAUUCAUUUAAAGUGUUAAGCAAUGAAUGUCCCAGGGGAAUGCAGAUCGAGGGGGGUGUGGGCUAUGGAAGGCUGUAUUUGUGUUGAUUUGUGUUUCAAAGUUGUCAGAGCACGGACAGACUGCAAAAUUUGAAGAUGUAUAUCAAAAUGUACUGCUGUAUAUAAUUUAAAUAAACAUAUUUUAUACUUUAAAGUA